UAGGCCGCUUUCGGUUGGCUGAAGGGCGACGGGUUUGCGGCCGGAAGAGGCGGGGCUGAGCUUUUAGGUUUCCCAGGUGACAGUUAGGCCGAGCUGGCGGUGUCCCGCCAGGGAGGCUAUGGCGGCGGUGACGACAGCAGCAACGGAGCAAGAGGUCGCAUCCGCUUGUGAAUGAAGGGAGCCCUCGGCCGCCGAGGGAAGCGGCUCCCCCUCGGCUCGGUCCGCGCCGCUUCCUUCUCUCCGCCCCACCAUCGGCCAAGGUGAAGACUUUCACCAUGGCCAUUACACAAUUCCGUCUCUUUAAAAUCUGUACGUGCCUGGCAGCAGUACUCUCUUUUUUUAAGAGGUUAAUAUGCAGAAGUGGAAGAGGACGAAAACUAAGUGGAGAUCAAAUAACUUUGCCAACUACUGUGGAUUAUUCAUCUGUUCCUAAACAGUCAGAAGUAGAAGAUUGGACUUCAUGGGAUGAAGAUGCACCUACAAGUGUGAAGGUAGAAGGUGGUAAUGGCAAUGUGGCUGGUCAAGAAAAUGGUUUGGAAGAAAUGGAGCCUGACUAUUUUAAGGACAUGACACCAACAAUAAGGAAGACUCAGAAAAUUAUUGUUAAAAAACGUGAGCCCUUAAAUUUUGGGAACCAGGAUGGCAGUGUAGGGUUUUCUAGUAGAUUAGCAGCUUCACAAGAUGUUCCUUUUAUUCACCAAUCUCCGGAAUUGGGUGACUUGGAGACAUGGCAGGAAAACACAAAUGCCUGGGAAGAAGAGGAAGAUGCAUCCUGGCAAGCAGAGGAAGUUCUAAGACAACAGAAAAUAGUAGAAAGGGAAAAAAGAGCAGCUGAGCAACAAAGGAAGAAAAUGGAGAAAGAAGUGCAGCGGUUAAUGAAGAAAGAGCAAAAUAAAAUUGGAGUGAAGCUGUCCUAACGUCAUUAGUUCUGAUUUCAUGGUGCCAGCACAGGGGAGAGAAUCCUCUUCAAAGGCAUAUGCAUCGUUUUGUAUUGAUCUCAGUAUUUUGGGGACUCCAGCUCACUGCUUCAUUUUUAAAGCCAUCUUGGGAGACACAGUUCUUCCACAAAGGAUGUUCAACUGGACAACUGAGACUGCAAAAAAGUACCAUCCCACUAAAUCCUACCAGGACAGGACAGUGUACCUGCAGAAGCCCUAUCCCAGCACUCUCCUCCUGCAAGAAGAGACACUGCUGCAUAAACUUUGAAUGCCUGUUUGAAGCUUAAGGGAAAAGAGGGUGUAAAUAAUUGAAUGAUGGCAAUCGACUUCAUUGUCUAUUAUGCGUAUUACCUGAAAGGUGGGUAAUUAAAUAAUUUUAAAGAA